AUGGGUUCAGGCAAGCCAAGAGGUAUCCGCGCCGGACGUAAGCUGGCCACCAAGCGCAGACUUCAGAAGUACUUCUUCUUUUAGCUUAGGUGGAACGACAAGGAGUACAACGCUCGGCUUUUGUGCUCGAGAUUCAAAAACCCCUUCAUGGGCAGCUGCAUGGCCAAGGGUCUCGUCGUCGAAAAGAUCGGUGUGGAGUCUAAGCAGCCCAACUCCGCCGUCAGAAAGGGAGUCAGAGUGAUGCUCAAGAAGAACGGCAAGAAGGUCGCCGCUUUUGUACCUUGGGACGGUUGCCUCAACUAUCUCGCCGAAAACGAUGAGGUCCUCGUGGCCGGUUUCGGUAAGAAGGGCAAGUCCAAGGGAGAUAUUCCGGGCAUCCGCUUCAAAGUGGUCGGCGUCAAGGGCAUUUCCCUCCUCGCCCUCUUCACCGGCAAGAAGGAAAAGAAGUGA